UCCGGCACCGCACCGCACGGCAGCCACAGCCUCGCGUUGUAUUCAUACUGUUCCAAGAAAAAGAAAAAAAGCUCCAACUCCACCCGUCUCCGCCGAGAUCAGGAGCCCGCGGCGCAGCGGAGCGGAGAGAGCUCGAAGUGCGGAGGAGGCCGUCUGUCCUCGCCAACUCGGGGGAGAGAUGGGGCUCACGUUCACCAAGCUGUUCAGCCGCCUCUUCGCCAAGAAGGAGAUGAGGAUUCUCAUGGUCGGUCUUGAUGCUGCUGGUAAGACCACCAUCCUCUACAAGCUCAAGCUCGGAGAGAUCGUCACCACAAUCCCAACCAUCGGGUUUAAUGUUGAAACUGUCGAAUACAAGAACAUCAGUUUCACUGUUUGGGAUGUCGGGGGCCAGGACAAGAUCAGGCCCCUGUGGAGGCACUACUUCCAGAAUACACAGGGACUCAUUUUUGUUGUUGACAGCAACGACAGGGAACGUGUUGUUGAGGCCAGAGAUGAGCUCCACAGGAUGCUGAAUGAGGAUGAGCUUCGUGAUGCUGUGUUGCUUGUAUUUGCAAACAAACAAGAUCUUCCUAAUGCCAUGAAUGCGGCUGAAAUUACUGACAAGCUUGGUCUGCACUCCCUGCGCCAGCGACACUGGUACAUUCAGAGCACUUGUGCUACAUCUGGUGAAGGGUUGUAUGAGGGACUUGACUGGCUCUCCAAUAACAUUGCCAACAAGGCUUGAAGCGUCUGGACAUCUGCUCCAGCAACUCACUGCCGCCAUUUUACAUAUAUGUAGACACUCUAAACAGAUUAUAUGGGUGCUUGUGAAAACAGGAGCUCUCCUUUGAGAGAGCUAGUAUCAGGUUGUUUCUUCGUGUGGGUAUUAACAGUGUUUCUGUUUGGUUUACAAGGUUUACCGUGUUGACCAUAUGUAUGCACCCGUGUGUUUUCGAGAUGAUACAGUAGCGUUGUGGAAUAGUGCCAGUUCGGAUCUGGUUCCUUGUGUACCCUCGUGUGGCUGUCGGUAUCACUAUUUGUCGAUAAUGUUUGCGGAAAUCCACUAA